ACGUAUUUUUAACAGCUAACUUUCUUUUUCUCCUUUCUCCAAUCUCUACUUUCCAUUUCUACUCUCCAUUGAAGAAAGCCUCCCAAAAAUGGAGCUUCCCUUUGGGAAAUACUCCACUUCAACUCAAAGAACCCCAAGAAUAUUCAUACUUCUAGUUUUAGCAGUUAUUGUUCUGGGUCUUAUCCCUCUUUAUCACCCAUUUAAUUGGUACCCAGCAGAUUUAUUAACCCAAUAUCCAUCUGAAAUUUCACCCACUACAUACCAUGCUGAGGAGCAGAAAAUAAAGAUUAAAGAGCCAGAAACAUGUGAUAUUUUCAGUGGAGAAUGGGUUUGGAAUCCGGAUGGUCCAUAUUAUACGAAUAUGACUUGUUUUGCGAUCCAUGAGCACCAAAAUUGUAUGAAGUAUGGUAGACCGGAUUCUGAUUACUUGAAGUAUAGGUGGAAGCCUAAUGGUUGUGAGCUUCCCAUAUUCAACCCGUUUCAGUUUUUAGAUAUGGUUAGAAACAAGUCUUUGGCACUUGUUGGUGAUUCAGUUGGAAGAAAUCAAAUGCAGUCCUUGAUUUGUCUCUUGGGCCGGGUGGAAUAUCCUGAGGAUAUAUCUGAUAAUCCAGAUCAAGCUUUCAAAAAGUUAAGAUACAAAACUUACAACUUUACAUUAGCAACAUAUUGGUCGCCAUUUUUGGUGUCAACGAAAGAAGCAGAUAAAGAUGGUCCAAGCCAUACUGGAGUCUUCAACCUUUACCUUGAUGAAGCAGAUGAAAAAUGGACCAACGAAAUUGAAGGAUACGACUAUGUAAUCUUAAACGCCGGCCACUGGUUUGCUCGGAUUAGCGUCUACUACGAGAACAACCAACGAGUUGGCUGCAGGUACUGUGGACUGCCAAAUGUCACUGCACUCCCACUUAACUAUGCAUACCAAAGGGCAUUCAGAACUGCUCUUAAAGCCAUCAAUGACUUAGAAAAUUUUAAGGGUGUAGCGAUUCUUAGGACUUUUGCACCUUCUCAUUUUGAAGGUGGGGACUGGAAUAGUGGAGGGGAUUGUGUAAGGACAAGGCCGUUCAGAAGUAAUGAGACCGCGUUGGAAGGUCAAAGCUUGGAGCAAUACCAGAUCCAAGUUGAAGAAUUUAAGGCUGCAGAGAAGGAAGGGAAGGCGAAGGGGAAGAGAUUUAGAUUGAUGGACACAACACAAGCAAUGUUAUUGAGACCAGAUGGUCAUCCAAGUAAAUAUGGGCAUUGGCCAAAUGCGAAUGUGGUAUUGUACAAUGACUGUGUUCAUUGGUGCUUGCCUGGUCCUAUUGAUUCUUGGGCUGAUUUCUUGUUUCAUAUGAUCAAGAUGGAGGGCACCAGAUCCCUAGAGGAAAAGCUUCAAUGAGAGAGCUAAACAAUACAAUGUACUUUGAUUUUUUAUUUGUUCAAUUUAUUUUAGGAUGUUGUCAUUUAAAGAGGAGCUCUGUUUCUUGGAUAGUUAUGGUUGAUGUUAAGAUGUAACCAUUGCACUGUCAGAAAAUGAGGAAAAAAGCCUUGUCGAACUUUAUAGAGCUGAUGAUAUUUCUCCUCA